AACUCGCUCUGUAAACCAGAUUGGCCUGGAACUCCCAGAGAUCUGCCUGCCUCUGCUUCCCGAGUGCUGCAAUUAAAGACUCUGCCUGGUCUGGUUCUUCGGGUGCUGGUGACAAUUGGAGGUCUCACUGAGAUCAGGGAAAGCAGAGGCAUCCUGACAGACCACUCCUAAUGAUUGUUAGGAGGAGCGCAUUGGGGUUGACAGUGCCGAAUUGAAAAGUACAUGUAUUGAAGCCAGAGACAAGAUGUUUGUGCCAAUUCUGGGUUGAAAUUAAAACAUAUGACAUUGAAGAAAGAGACUGAAUUUGGAAUUUUCUUCUAAAGAGAAUGCUAGACAACAACCAAACCUGUACUGUGGGACAGGACUGUGUGCCCUACAUGACUUGUGUGGUUCACAUGCUUGAAGAAUGGUUGGGUGUGGAGCAAUUGGAGGACUAUUUGAAUUUUGCAAACUAUCUCUUGUGGGUUUUUACCCCACUGUUACUUUUAAUCCUCCCCUACUUUACCAUCUUUCUUCUCUACAUUACUAUUAUUUUCCUCCAUAUCUACAAGAGGAAGAAUGUGUUAAAAGAAGCCUACUCUCAUAAUUUAUGGGAUGGUGCAAGGAAAACAGUGGCAACUCUGUGGGAUGGACAUGCAGCGGUUUGGCAUGGUUAUGAAGUUCAUGGGAUGGAAAAGAUACCGGAAGGACCAGCACUUAUAAUCUUUUAUCAUGGAGCUAUUCCCAUAGACUUUUACUACUUCAUGGCUAAAAUUUUCAUCCACAAAGGCAGAGCUUGCCGAGUAGUAGCUGACCACUUUGUCUUUAAAAUCCCAGGGUUUAGUUUAUUGCUAGAUGUAUUUUGUGCUCUUCAUGGACCAAGAGAAAAAUGUGUUGAAAUCCUGAGGAGUGGCCAUUUGCUAGCUAUUUCACCAGGUGGAGUCCGAGAAGCCUUACUUAGUGAUGAAACCUACAACAUUAUAUGGGGUAAUCGUAAAGGCUUUGCUCAGGUUGCAAUUGAUGCAAAAGUGCCUAUUAUUCCUAUGUUUACACAAAAUAUUCGAGAAGGAUUUAGAUCACUUGGAGGAACAAGAUUAUUUAAGUGGCUUUAUGAAAAAUUCCGCUAUCCCUUUGCUCCAUUGUAUGGAGGUUUUCCCGUGAAGUUGCGGACCUACUUAGGUGAUCCCAUUCCAUAUGACCCAAAGAUAACAGCAGAAGAGCUAGCUGAAAAGACCAAGAAUGCUCUUCAAGCCCUGAUUGAUAAGCACCAAAGGAUACCGGGGAACAUUAGAAGUGCGCUGCUGGACCGCUUCCAUAGAGGGCAGCAGGCUAAUUAGGAGGUGUUUUAAUGUGUCUGUAGUGACAAACUCACAUCAGCGGAACUGUCUUUUACAUUUUUGAGGUUGUAUAUUAGUGUUUCUAAAACAUCAUGUUAAUAGGCGUCUUCCUUAGAACUUGUUUAUUUGAGUUUUUAUUGUUAAUCUUGUCCUGUCAAUCAGUUUGUGUCAUAUUUAAUAAGUAACUCACCACUUGCCUGACCCAGAAAAUGAUCAUGUUGCAUUUGCAAUCUUUAGUAGUAUAUGAUAAGUAUAGUCUUAGAGUAAGUUUUUCCUAAUAUCAGCAGGUUAAGCAGACUUUCCUAAAUUAUGUCAAUUGUUCUGAUCUGAUCAUAAGAGAAUGCAUGUAUUAGGGUGUAGUACUUGCUUAGUUUAGAUGAGAGAUGCCUUUGUUUAUCUACCCUUCAUUCCAUUCACAACUGCGGGUAAGUUGUGGAAUGCUUUUGUACCUCAAUGAUUUAUUUUAAGCAUGAUAAAAUUAUGGUGAUGAACAUUAUUUUAAGUUUCUUUGUCUACUGUGAUAUCUGUAAUGUGGGCGCAAUAGCUGAAUUGAUUCCUGAAUCCUUUAGGAGUUACAUACAUGUUUUUGUUCUUUGGGUGUUGAAACAACUCCUUCAGGUGUGAUGUCUAGUUGCCAAGCACAUUGAAAGAGAUGUACUGUUUUAUAAAUCAAGACGUUGUUAUUUGUGGUAUUUAUUUACUGAAUUGUUUAGUAUUUAUUUUAAACAAGUAUCUAAGUAAACAUAUAGGAUGAGUUGUCAGCAUGGUGUUUUAUGGUGUAAGGACAGAAUCACAGUCAUGCUCUGCACUUUGCAUUAGAAGCUGAUUCCAGGUUUAAGAAUAAUGAUCAAGAAAGCUCUGGUUUUGUUUAAUAUUAUGGUUUGUUUUGCUGGGCUUUGCAGCCAGUUAUGUGGCUUAUUAUUUCAAUCGAAUGUACUUGAAUGAUGGAGCCCUCUGAAAAUGUAAUGGUAUUUAAUUUGUUGUCUCCUUGAAAAUUUAUUUUAAAAGUAUUCAAACAGCAAAGUAUAAUAAAUCUACUGCAGUAUGUCCAUUUCCACCUUUGUAGUACUUGGGUUUUAUAUGGACUUUUUAAUUACAAGUGUAUAUCUAUGAUAUGUGUAUAUAUAUGUAUAAAAUAUAUAGAAAUGAUGUGAAAAAUAAAGCUGAAUUGCAGCUCA